AUGGUGCCACAACUACGAUACGUCUUCACCCUCGACGUCGAAUUGGCGCCACCGGUAGAUUUUGGAAAGACGUACAGCGGCGAUCGAAGAUUCAUACCCAUCACCGGCGGUACUCUCGAUGGAGACGGCAUCCAGGGCCGGAUCCUUCCAGGUGGCGGAGACUGGAACGCAGCCCGGGAAGACGGGGUCGUCCACGUCAUGGCCAAGUAUGCCAUACAGAUGGACGACGGGACGAUGGUGAACAUUACGAACGAGGGUUAUGGCAGGGCAAGCCAACAGACCAUGAAAACCGUCUUCAGCUCACCGGAAGCGGUAGCCGGAUCACCAACUAAUGGGGCCAGUGAGUGGUAUACGAAAACGUUUCCGCAUUUCGAGGUUGCAGAAGGCAAAUACGGGUGGCUUGGCAAGUCGUGUUUCGUCGGUGAUCUCCUCCCACCUGAGAGGCUUGGUCGUGUCAAGAUUAGGAUAUACGAGAUCGUCUAG